AUGGCUGCGGGAUGCCGCCCUCGCCGGCCACGGCGGCGGGUCCCAGGACUCCACGGGGACCCGCCCCCGCGGCCCGCCGCCACGCUGGUGGCCGCCGUCGACUCGGCGGCGGCGGGCCGGCGGCCCGCGGCGCUGCGCGAGCGGAGGCCAGCGCUGCAGGCUUCGCUGCCGCGGCGGCCAGCGGCCGCAGCCGCCGUGGUGUUCGCCAUUGCGGCGACGGGCUCGCCUGUUGUGGGAGGUGCCGAGGAGUGGCGUGUCAUCAACAACGCCACCGUCCACGGGGAAUGGGUCAUUGCCGAGGUCAGCUUCUUCAGCGACGACGAUUGCCGCCAGCGGAUCGAAGUGGUGGAGGACAGACUCGGGCUUCAUCCGACCGCUUCCGCACCACAAGGUCUGGCAGGGCGUUGUAGAGCACCCGGGCGAGGAGUGCUGGGGCAAGUGCCAGGAGAGGGCCUCCGGGGCUACUGCAGCUGGUGCGGAGAGGGCAACGCCUGCUGCAAGCGCGGCGCCGUCGACGACCCCCCGGAGUGCGCAGGUGUGACCUCUUUUUCGAGAAGCCACCACGAGUGCGUCGCUGUCAGGACAGCCUCGACAUGCAGGUGCCCCGGGACCCCUUCGACGGCAACCCGGCCAGCGCCGCCACAGCGUCGUGCGCUGGCCCCACUGGUUGUCCGCCCGGCGCGCUGGUGGUCGGCGGUCUGCUGGCGAUUGGCACCGAGGUCGCGCCGCGGUGCGUGA